AUGGCUGAGAAUGACACUGCCAGCGCCAAUAAGGCUUACUUCAAUAAGCUAGCAGCAGAGUACGACGCAAAGUACGAAAAGACCAUUUUGCAGCUCGAAAAGGAGGUCCGCAUACGCAAGGACUUUAUUGGUGCGGAUUGGGUUAGUGAAGAUGAUGAUGAUGACGAGGAGGACGAUGAUGAGGGCGCUGUAACACAGCCCACGGCGGCAAACAGCCGGCCGGUGAGACUUCUCGACUACGCUUGUGGAACGGGUUUGAUAUCGAGGGCCCUCGCGAGGUUCACGACGCAUUGUGUCGGCAUAGAUAUUUCCGAAAACAUGGUGGCAGCUUACAACACCCGGGCCGAGAACCAGGGUCUGAGCAUCGACGAAAUGCACGCCUAUCAAGGCAACCUCACGGACCCGUCCGAUCCGUCCCCGACAGCAUUUGCCGACGAAGACGGUGACGGCGGCAACGGCGGCCGAUUCCGCGACUUUGACGUCGCCGGCGUCGGCCUCGGCUUCCACCACUUUGUGGACCCGGAGCUUUCAGCCCGCCGCCUCGUCGAGAGGCUGCGGCCCGGCGGCGUCUUUCUCAUUCUCGAUUUUUUGCCGCAUGGGGAGAUUGACACGGCGCUGCCGGCCGCGCAAACCGUUAUGCAUCACGGCUUCUCGGAGGAGAGGAUGCGGUUCAUUUUUGAGCAAGCUGGUGCGGGUAAAGAUUUUGCAAUGGAGGAGCUUGGGAGAGGUGUCGUUUUUGGAGGGCAUGGACACGGGCAUGGACAUGAUCAUGGACAUGGACAUAGCCACGGGGAGGAAAAGGGGCAUGAUCAUGGCCACAGUUCAGGGCAGGGGAUGAAGAGACGGGUGUUUCUGGCGCGGGGAACCAAGGCUUAG